AUGAACGAAUCAAUGUGGGCUCCCAAGCUUGCAGAAGAGACACAAGAAGACAAGAACGAAUCACGACCAACGACUUCUCUCUCAGCACACGCUCCUAGCUUCUCGCCCGCACCGCCGCCACCUGAUGUCUCUACCGACGAUGCUUUUGGCCAGACGGGAGCUGCUCAAGAUGACUUGUUCGACGACAUUGUGCCGGUAGACGAGUCGAUGCGAAUACGGUCCGAAGAUGAUCUGUUCAGUGACGACUUCACUCCAGCUCCCCAGCCAGUAGUCGAGCAAGCACCUACACCAGCGAGUAGAGGGAGAGGGGAUGGUCAAAGAGCGAGGGGGGAUCGAGGGCGAGGAGGGCGUGGGAGAGGCCGAGGUGGAAAUUCUGCUCCUGCUCGGACAGUGUCGAAUGGAGCUGCCGCAGCACAACCGGCCGCUCCAACACAAACCAUCGAGCAGCAGUCUCAACCAGAGUCGACGCCACCAGCCAAUGCACCUACCGGGCCACGCGAACAACAACAACAAGAACCCAAGCCCACACCUGCUGUCCGCGGCUCCCGCCAUGCAACCGGCGGUUCCCACAAACCCAAACUCACCGAAGCCGAACUCACGGAGAAAAUGGCAAAGAUCAACCUCAACAACGCCAAUCGAGCAGCAGCUCACGAACGUGCCGAGGCGGACGCCGCAUCCUUCGCCGAGCGAGAAGCAGCUGCCAAACAACAAGCGGUUGAAAAGGCGAAAGUGGAAUCGAACGAGAAGAGGCAGCUAGCUACGGAGAGGGAGAAGAACCGGAUUAGGAAGCUGAAAGCGCAGGGUGGGAGGGAAUGGGAUGAGCACAAGGAGGGAGGGGACUUUGAGAAGGGUGGACGGUUUGAUGGGAAAGGGUUUGGGAGGGAUCAGGAGGGGUGGAGUGAUGGGAGGGAGUACUUGUUGAGAGAUGAGCCGGUGAGAGGUGGUGGCAGAGGGAGGGGUGGUCGGGCUGGAGGGCAGGAGCGUGCGCCGAUGAGGGAGGACUUCCCUGCUUUGCCUGAUAGCGGUGUUGCGCAACCGCGGCGGGAAGACAAAGAUGUCGUGGGCGGUGCGCAGGCUGCGCCCCCGGAACCUAACUUGUCGAGCUCGACCGCAAAGGAUGUCCGAUCUUGGGCCGAUCAGGUGGAAAGUGCAAACGCUAACGCUUAG